UUUGGGUUUAUCGAGUUUGGAUCACAGGACACAAUUCAAAUUGUCGAGGUAUGUUGUCACUGCUGUUGCUGCUGCUCAAGUGGUCUGCGGCGGCCCAAACCAAACCCCACGAAACCUCGCUCCGGGGGAUCUCACUGACCACUAUCCCUUCCCAUGCUCAUCUACGCCCCUCCCGACAAACAAAAACAAAAAUACUAAUACGAAGUUUGAAUAGUUCUCUUGGAUUGUUGUUCAUUUAAUGACGACCCCCCGUUUCUAGACUCCCUCAAAAGUCCACGGUGUUUGCGUGAUAUCAGGUUGAACAUUAGCCUGAUAUUGAUUCAUCCUGAGGACUUGGACCUGCCACAUCCUCGCCUCUCCGGUCGUUUCUCUAAUCCGACAAGUCACACAAAAUAUCCGCGAUGGAGAGUCAAGGUGAAAACGACGAGCUCUACCCUAUCGCUGUUCUCAUUGAUGAGCUGAAGCACGACGAUGUUCUACUUCGCCUCAAUGCCAUCCACCGCCUUUCUACUAUCGCGUUGGCCUUAGGGCCCGAGAGAACCCGAGAGGAACUCAUCCCAUUCCUUGAUGACUCUGUUGAAGACGAAGAUGAAGUCUUGACUGCACUAAGCGAAGAGUUGGGGAACUUUACAGAAUACGUUGGUGGUCCAGAGUAUGGACAUGUGCUCCUCUCUCCCCUCGAGAACUUGGCAGCCAUUGAAGAGCCUUUGGUCCGAGAGAAGGCCGUCGAAUCCCUCAACAAGAUCGGUGAACAGCUAUCCGAAAAGCAAAUUGAAGAGCACUACGUCCCCAUGGUCCUACGCCUGUCGAAAGCGGACUGGUUCACCUCAAAGGUCUCCGCAACUGGCCUCUACAGUGUCCCAUACAAGAAAGCGCCCCAGCCAAUGCAGCAAAGCCUCAGACAAUAUUUCGGAGGAUUGGUACACGACGAGACGCCGAUGGUGAGAAGACAGGCGGCAAACAAUCUCGCGAAAUUUGUGAAGGAAAUGAAUACACCAGUUGUUAUUGAGGAAAUGAUACCCUUGUUCCAAUACCUUGCGAGCGAUGACCAAGACAGUGUGCGCCUGCUCACAGUGGAUAUUCUCAUUGCCAUUGCCGAGGAAAUCCCCAAGGAACAACAGCCCAGCCACGGUGUUUUGUUGACAUCUUUACGGAACCUCUUUGAGGAUAAGAGCUGGAGAGUUAGAUAUAUGGUUGCCGACAGAUAUGAAAAGAUCGCCAAGGCUGUGCACGAAGAAGUUGUCACUCGUGACAUGGUUCCCUCGUUUGUUAAGCUUUUGAAAGAUACGGAAGCUGAAGUCCGUACUGCGAUUUCUGGUCAAAUCCCGGGCUUCUGCCACUUGAUCGACCGCGAAACUUUGCUUAAUGAGAUUAUGACUAGCGUGGAAGACCUUGUUUCAGAUCCAUCUCAGCAUGUCCGCGCAGCUCUGGGUACCCAGAUCAGCGGCCUUGCCCCGAUUCUCGGAAAGGAAGAGACUAUUUCUCACCUCCUUCCAAUGUUCCUUCAGAUGCUCAAAGACGAAUUCCCCGAUGUGCGCCUGCAUAUUAUCUCGAAGUUGGAGCUGGUUAACAAGGUUAUUGGAAUUGAGCUUCUUUCCCAGUCGCUACUUCCAGCAAUCGUUCAGCUGGCCGAAGACAAGCAAUGGCGGGUUCGCCUCGCCAUCAUCGAAUAUAUUCCUCUUCUUGCCAGCCAAUUGGGCGUUAAGUUCUUCGAUGAGCAAUUGAGCGAUCUCUGUAUGGGCUGGCUUGGUGACACUGUCUUCUCCAUCCGAGAAGCUGCCACUGAAAACCUGAAGAAGCUCACCGAGGUCUUCGGUGUGGAUUGGGCCAAGGGCUCUAUUAUCCCCAAGGUCAUGGCGAUGGGCCAGCACCCCAACUACCUCUACAGAAUGACAACAUGCUUUGCUAUUUCCACACUCACUCCUGUCGUCUCUUUGGAAAUCAUUGAAAAUUCGAUUAUCCCUAUCUUGGAUCGACUUGUGACGGAUGAGAUCCCGAACAUCCGUUUCAAUGUCGCCAAAUCCUAUGCAGUACUGAUCGACACAUUGAAACGCCUGCCAGCCGAGGGGACUAUCGCAGACGCAGAAAAGGCCGGUAAGGUCGAACAGGCUCCACGAAGCCAGGAAGUCAUCCAAAAACGGGUCUUGCCCAGUUUGGAAAAGCUUCAGGAUGAUGACGAUGUGGAUGUUCGAUACUUUGCUACGACAGCUGCAGGUGGCAACGAUGAGACUAUGCAGACCUCCCCAUAAGCUACUGACCAGGACUGGCCAAUGUAUGCCUGCACCCUAUACCCCAUGCACAUGUAGAAAGAAGUCUUUUGGGAUGUGGGUGGCGAAUGAAAAUACAGCUCUCAUGAAACCUGGAGAGCAGCUUGUUAUGUCAGUUUCAAGAAAUAGUCAGCAUCUGAUCAGAUGAAGUGCUUCGUGGCGUUUUGAUUGUAGAGUUUGAUCUGCAUUGAAUAAUUCUGAAAACAAUGAAUGACUGUACCUUGCACUAUAUGACUUGGGCAUGAUACAGAACUAUGUGAUUGAUAUAUGGAACAACCACGUCUCGUGCAGACUAGGAAUUUGAUAGACAACCCUUUCAAUCUUCUGUGUCUUCGUCGGUAAAACAGGUAACAUAGAUAUUUUUUGGGUGACACCUGGGAUAAUGAUAUAAUAUCGCC